AUGGAAUAUCUUUCCGGACUUUCGCAAAAGGAAAAUGUUCGCGCCGCCUGCAAAAAGUGUGGUUUUCCGGGACACCUAACGUAUCAGUGCCGGAACUACCUGACGCUUGACCCACUAAGUCACGCGGUCGUGCCGAGCCAACAGCGUCCCGGUAGUGAAUCACCAGAACAAAACUAUCUCACCCCGCUGCAGGAACUCAGAAAACAGGAAGAGGAAGAGGAGGCCCGAAAAGCGGAAAAGACUGAGCGCAAGGAACGUGCACGCAGGGCUAAGGAGGCACGGAAGGAGAAAAGGAAACGCAAACACCGCAAACGUUCCCGAUCACGGUCCAGCUCGAACAGUUCCGACGCAAGUGAUACGGACAGUAGCGGUAGUAGUGGUAGCAGCAGUGAUGGUAAACAUAAAAAGAGAAGUAAAAAACGGCUAAAGAAAAAACUGAUGAAGAAACGUAAAAAGUCCAAAAAGGGAAAGCACAGCCACAAGCGAAGAGGUCAUGAUAGCAGUUCGGAUAGUUAA